GAAGCCGCCGAGGGAAGAAGGAGGCCUUGCUGGGGGGCGGCGGCGGCGGCGCCUCCUAUAUGGGCCACUUUCUCUCGCGGAAGGGAACCAGCCAGACCGCGGAUAGGAGCCGCCGCCGCCGCCGCUGCCGCCGACCCCUGAGGGGGAAAGUGCCAGUGCCGCCGCCUCCUCCUCUUCCCCCGCCGCCGCCUCGGGACCGGAGCUGCUUCGUGCGCGGGCCCUGCAUGCUCUGCUUCCUGGUGCACAACGCCAGCCCGCCCUCCGCCUCCGAGGAACCGCCGCCGCCUCCUGCUGCUGCUCCUCCGCUUCUCUACGCGGCUCUGAAGGCGCCCGAGGACCGCGCCGCCCACCGCCUGCUGCGCUUCUCCUGCCGCCGCCUGCUGCUCUCCGGCCUCCUCUUCUCCUCUCCUCCUCCUCCGCCGCCUUCCGCGCGGAGAGCGGGGCCUGCGCUGGAGAGCAGCGAGGCCCCCCCGGAGAUGGUGUGCAAGCGCAAGGGCGUCCGGCUGCUCCCCUGCCCGCCCCGAAAGCAGCCCCGCUGCGCCGCCGCAGCCGCCGCCAUCCCAGCGACAGGGGCCGGGAGCCCCGCUUCGACGCCGGCGCCGCCGACCGAGGUUUCUGCCGCCGCUGCUGCUGCUUCUGCUUCGCUGCCCGAGCAGCACCUCUGCCCGCUGCCCUGCGCCUCGGACCGCGCCCGGGGAGGCUCGCCGCCGAAGGACCCCGCCGUCGGCGAGAACGGGGACGAUGGGGAAGGGCUGGCGGACCCGGCGGCGCCCGCGGGCUCCCCGUCUCAACUGCCCGAGCUGGACGGGAGGGAGAAGGGCGAGGCUCGCGAGCCGGACUGCGAGGAGCCCCCCGAGAACCCCGGGGACUGCUGCCGGGAGCCGCAGCCUCCCUCGCCCGACAUCAACCAGCUGCCGCCCUCCAUCCUCCUCAAGAUAUUUUCCAACUUAUCUUUGAACGAGCGAUGUCUUUCAGCAUCGUUGGUUUGUAAAUAUUGGCGUGACCUCUGUUUAGAUUUCCAGUUUUGGAAGCAAUUGGAUCUCAGUAGUCGUCAGCAGGUCACAGAUGAGUUACUGGAAAGAAUUGCGUCAAGAAGCCAGAAUAUAACUGAAAUCAAUAUUUCAGAUUGCCGUAAUGUAUCGGACACAGGAGUAUGUAUAUUAGCAUCUAAAUGUCCUGGACUUCUAAGAUAUACUGCAUAUAGGUGUAAACAGCUGUCCGAUACGUCUAUAAUUGCAGUGGCUUCACAGUGUCCUCAACUGCAGAAAGUACAUGUGGGCAACCAGGAUCGGCUUACUGAUGAAGGACUCAAGCAGCUCGGAUCAGACUGCAGAGAACUGAAAGAUAUUCAUUUUGGGCAGUGUUAUAAGAUCUCAGAUGAAGGAAUGAUAAUCAUAGCUAAAGGAUGCCUGAAGUUACAGCGAAUAUACAUGCAGGAAAACAAAUUAGUGACAGAUCAGUCGGUUAAAGCAUUUGCUGAACAUUGUCCUGAGUUGCAGUAUGUUGGGUUUAUGGGCUGUUCUGUUACAUCUAAAGGAGUCAUACACCUUACCAAUCUAAGAAACCUUUCCAGCUUGGAUCUACGUCAUAUCACAGAACUGGAUAAUGAAACAGUGAUGGAAAUAGUAAAGAGAUGCAAAAACCUUACCUCCCUCAAUCUGUGUCUGAACUGGAUUAUAAAUGACAGAUGUGUAGAAGUCAUUGCUAAAGAAGGACAGAACUUGAAAGAACUUUAUUUGGUGUCCUGUAAGAUCACAGACUAUGCACUGAUAGCCAUUGGUCGAUACAGUAUGACAAUAGAGACUGUGGAUGUAGGAUGGUGCAAAGAAAUCACAGAUCAGGGAGCCACCCAAAUUGCUCAAAGUAGCAAGUCGCUCAGAUACUUGGGACUAAUGCGAUGUGAUAAGGUGAAUGAAGUGACUGUGGAACAACUUGUGCAGCAACAUCCACACAUCACUUUCAGUACUGUACUACAAGACUGCAAGAGAACUUUGGAACGGGCUUAUCAGAUGGGCUGGACACCCAAUAUGUCAACUGCCUCUUAAUUCAUGAUGUGAUAGUCAAAUAGUCGGCAGAUUUAGGCUGAACAUUUGAACGCUGUUAAGUUUUUUAUGAAUAUUUUUGCUUUAUAUUAAAUAUAUGUUAAGCUUUUAAUAUUGAAUAUACAUAUACAUACAUCUAUGUAUGUAUUGUUCAAUGUAGUGGGAAAUGUCUAUUCUGUCUUUUCGUGGAAAUAUUGAAAGAGAAACCUGGUCAGAUAUAUUUAAUUUUUUGGAAAGUUUAUUUGUCAACCUAAACAUCUGCAAGUCGAGUAAAAUAUUGCAGAGGGUUUGCAACUUUUUUUGAUGCAACAUAACUGUAAGUUUACAUAAAAUAGAAACACUAUUUGAAUGUGUGUGUUUUUUCCAACUACAUGUUGAAGAUAGAAACAACUCUUUAAAGAUGCAUCGUAAGAUUUUUGUAUACAUAAAUCUGAUGUUUAAAAGCCUUUUGGCAAAUUUAUUGAAGUGGGUUUCUGCUAGUUCUGUGGGUAGUUUCAGCAAUGUUACAUUACAUUACACUUUUUCUUUCAUGUUUUUUCCUUAUUUUUGCUGCUCAUAUUUCCUUUCAGAUAGGAAGUGUUGAUUCCUUUCCUGGACUCACUUAAAUUACAGACUAAUCUUAAAUUGAUGCUACCCACAUUUAUGUGUUUGAGCUGCACAGUUGUGAAAAUUCACAGAUAACUGUGAUGCAAGAAUAUAACAUUUUGAUGACAAAUCUUUAUUUUGGAUGGAAUCUUUAAUAAAUGCUGGACUCAUGUGGAAUGGAUAUUUAA